AUGUCCCUAGUGGGAAACUUCGUUUCCAACUACGACAACAGUGCCGGAAAGCGAGGACCUGGACUCCCGGCACAUUUGCGGACAGAAUCACAUGACGGUACCGUGCCGGAGCGUCACUCGAGCUCGGCAAGCAACGAUGAGAAAAUACAGGGCGAUCGACCUGCACAUUCAGAGAACGACGUCGGCGACGAUGACGACGACGACAUGCGUGUCAGAUACCUGGCCCGACAGUUCUCGCGGACGUCUACCAGAACCGAGGACGCCAAUCCCUUCGCCGCGCCGCCAGGCUCCUCGUUGGACCCCAGCUCCGACAACUUCCAAACCCGGGACUGGGUCAAGGCCCUGUUCAACCUCCAGUCCAAAGACGACCGGUUCCUGGCCCGGACGGCUGGCGUCGCGUUCCGUAACCUCAGCGCCCACGGCUUCGGCUCUGCCACGGACUACCAAAAGACUGUUGGCACCGCGCCUUUCCAAGUCGUCGGUCUCCUGCGCCAGCUGAUGGGCGCGGGACAGCGCAGGAUCAACAUCCUCCGCGGGUUCGACGGGCUGGUGAACCACGGGGAAAUGCUGGUGGUGCUGGGGCCACCGGGCUCGGGGUGCUCGACGUUCCUCAAGACGCUGGCCGGCGAGACGCACGGGUUCCACGUCGACAAGGAUUCCUACAUCAACUACCAAGGCAUCCCCUUUGACCAGAUGCACAAGCACUUCCGCGGCGAGGCCAUCUACACUGCCGAACAGGACAUCCACUUCCCGCAGCUCUCGGUCGCAGACACGCUCUACUUCGCCGCCCGCGCCAGAGCCCCCAGGCACCGGCCGGGAAAUAUCUCGGCGCAUGAGUACGCGUGCCACAUGCGAGAUGUCAUCAUGGCCAUCUUUGGCAUCCGACACACCUCCAAAACUCGUGUGGGCAACGACUUCAUCCGAGGCGUGAGCGGGGGAGAAAGGAAACGUGUCAGCAUCGCCGAAGCCGCGUUGAACAUGUCGCCUCUGCAGUGCUGGGACAACAGCACCCGCGGCCUCGACAGCGCCAACGCUAUCGAGUUCUGCAAAACGCUGCGUCUCUCGACCGAGAUCCUCAACGCCACGGCCGCCGUGGCCAUCUACCAGGCUCCCCAGGCGGCCUACGACAUCUUCGACAAGGUCAUUGUCCUCUACGAGGGACGACAGAUCUACUUCGGCAGGACUGGGGACGCUAAAGACUACUUCGUCCAGCUGGGCUUCCACUGUCCCGAACGGCAAACCACCGCCGACUUCCUCACCUCCAUGACCAGCGCGGACGAGCGCAUUGUCCGCGAAGGCUUCGAGGACCGGGCACCUCGCACCCCCGACGAAUUCGCCCGGGCCUGGAAGGAGAGUGCCGAACGUGCCCGGCUCCUCGCAGACAUCGAAGAUUUCGACCGGCGACACCCUCUCGGCGGCGAGGAUCUGGACAAGUUCAAGGAAUCCAGGAGACUGCAGCAGGCGAAGAGGCAGCGGGUGGCGUCGCCCUACACGCUCUCGUACGGCCAACAGGUACGGCUCUGUCUCUGGCGCGGAUUCCGCAGGUUGAUGGCCGACCCGAGUCUCACGCUGACCUCCAUCAUCGGCAACAACGUCUUUGCGCUGAUCAUCGGAUCCAUCUUCUACAACCUCGACAGCACCACCAACUCCUUCUACGCACGGGGCGCCCUGCUGUUCUUCGCCAUCCUCAUCAACGCCUUCAGCUCGGCUCUGGAGAUUCUCACCCUCUAUGCACAGCGGCCCAUCGUCGAGAAGCACCAGCGGUACGCGCUGUACCACCCCUCGAGCGAGGCGUUUGCCUCCAUGUUGACGGACAUGCCAUACAAGAUCACCAACGCCAUCAUCUUCAACGUCACCAUCUAUUUCAUGACCAACCUCCGCCGAGAAGCCGGCCAUUUCUUCUUCUUUCUCCUCAUUUCCUUCACCUUGACGCUGGUGAUGAGCAUGCUCUUUCGGACCAUCGCCUCCGUCUCACGAACAUUGAGUCAGGCAUUGGCACCGGCCGCCAUCCUCAUCCUAGCCAUUGUCAUCUACACCGGCUUCGCCAUCCCCGUCAACUACAUGCUCGGAUGGGCACGGUGGAUCAAUUACCUGGACCCGGUCGCCUAUGGGUUCGAAGCACUCAUGAUCAACGAGUUCUCUGGCCGAGAUUACGGCUGUGCCAGGUACGUGCCGUCGGGUCCGGGAUAUGGCGAUUCCAAUCGAGUCUGCUCGGCGGUCGGGUCUCGUCCCGGUCAGACGUUUGUCAACGGCGAUGACUUUAUCAACAGCAGUUACAAGUACUACGCCUCGCACAAGUGGCGCAAUUUCGGCAUCCUGAUCGCCUUCAUGGUCGGUCUGUUCCUCACCUACUUGGUGUCGGCGGAGUUCGUCCAGGCCAAGAAAUCUAAGGGCGAGGUGCUGGUUUUCCGUCGUGGUCAGACGCCGGCUCUGUUGAAGAUGCAGUUGCCUCAAGACACAGAGACCGGCAACGUCACGUCAGCCGUCACGGCCGCGAAGAACCAGCAGUCCGCCGACAUAUCGAGUGUCAUUCAGAGACAGACGGCCAUCUUCCAAUGGCGCGACGUCUGCUACGACAUCCCACUCAACGGUGGACGGCGGCUCCUUGACCACGUCGAUGGCUGGGUCAAGCCGGGCACCAUGACAGCCUUGAUGGGCGUGUCCGGGGCUGGCAAAACAACGCUCCUGGAUGUCCUGGCCACCCGUGUGACCAUGGGAGUUAUCACCGGCGAGAUGUUGGUCGACGGGCAACAGCGAGACGAGUCAUUCCAGCGCAAGACCGGCUACGUCCAACAACAAGAUCUGCAUCUGGAGACAUCGACGGUGCGAGAAGCCUUGAGCUUCAGCGCCCUCCUCCGGCAACCCGCCCACAUCCCGCGGCGCGAGAAGCUGGCGUACGUCGACGAGGUCAUCAAGCUGCUCGAGAUGUCCGAGUACGCCGACGCCGUGGUCGGGGUGCCCGGCGAGGGCCUCAACGUGGAGCAGCGCAAACGACUGACCAUCGGCGUCGAGCUGGCCGCCAAACCGGAGCUGCUGCUGUUCCUCGACGAGCCCACGUCCGGCCUUGACUCGCAGACGUCGUGGUCCAUCCUGGACCUGCUGGAGAAGCUGAAACAGAACGGCCAGGCCAUCCUGUGCACCAUCCACCAGCCGUCGGCCAUGCUCUUCCAGCGCUUCGACCGCCUCCUCUUCCUCGCAAAGGGCGGCCGCACCGUCUACUUCGGCCCCGUGGGCGACUCGUCGCGGAUCCUCACCGACUACUUCGAGCGCAACGGCGCCCACCGCUGCCCGCCCGACGCAAAUCCCGCCGAGUGGAUGCUCGAGGUCAUCGGCGCCGCGCCGGGCUCGCACACCGAGAUCGACUGGGUCGAGACGUGGCGUCGGUCGCCCGAGUACCGCGCCGUGCACGCCGAGCUCUCCCAGAUGAAAGCGGAGCGCUGUCAACUCGCCAGGGCGACCUCCAACCGAGCCGACCGGGCCAGCUAUCGCGAGUUCGCGGCGCCCUUCUACCAGCAGCUGCAUGAGGUGUUGAAGCGCGUCUUUGAGCAGUACUGGCGCACGCCGUCGUAUAUCUACAGCAAGCUGUCUCUGUGUAUUGCUUCGGGUCUCUUCAUCGGCUUCUCCUUCUUCCACGCCCGGGUCACGCAGCAGGGGCUCCAGAACCAGAUGUUCGGCAUCUUCAUGCUGAUGACCAUCUUCGGCCAACUGGUGCAGCAGAUCAUGCCGCUGUUCGUGACGCAGCGGUCGCUGUACGAGGUGCGCGAGCGGCCGAGCAAGACGUACUCGUGGCAGGCCUUCAUGAUGAGCAACAUCCUGGUCGAGCUGCCGUGGUCGACGCUCUGCGCCGUCCUGAUCUUCGUCACCUGGUACUACCCGAUCGGCCUGUACCGCAACGCGGAGCCCACGCACGCCGUGCACGAGCGCGGUGCCCUCAUGUUCCUCCUGAUUUGGGCUUUCUUGCUGUUCACCUCAACCUUCGCCCACAUGGUCAUCGCCGCCAUCGAGACCGCCGAGACCGGCGGCAACAUCGCCAACCUGUCCUUCUCGCUGACCUUGGUCUUCUGCGGCGUCCUCGUCGGUCCCAAGGCCCUCCCCGGGUUCUGGAUCUUCAUGUACCGCGUCUCCCCCUUCAAUUACCUGAUCGACGGGAUGCUCAGCACGGCCGUCGCCCACGCCCCCGUCACCUGCGCCGCCAACGAGUAUCUCCACUUCACGGCCCCGGCGGGCCAGACCUGUGCGGAGUACAUGCAUUCCUACAUCGACGCGGUCGGGGGGUAUCUCCAGGACUCGUCGGGCACGGGCACGGGCAACAAUUGCAGCUACUGCGCGAUUGCGACCACGGACGCCUUCCUGGCCAGUGUCUCGGCCCAUCCGCAAGACAUGUGGCGCAACUUCGGCCUGAUGUGGCCGUACAUCGUCUUCAACGUCGCCGGCGCCGUGUUCCUGUACUGGCUGGCCCGAGUGCCAAAGCGCAUGUCCAAGCGUGGGAAAAAGCAGAGAGAACUCGCCAGCCCCAAGGAGAGCAAGGAGGGCAGCGUGCUCGACGAAUCUGCCGAAACAGUCCUCGGUGAAGUGAAGAGAGGAGAAGUCGGAGAAGCACACCGCGACGGGGACAGGGACGCAAGGCCUGCUAUCGACGAUUAA